UGCACUCACACCAGUCGUAUGUGGAGUUGUGGACUGCAGAUGAGCUACAAACAGAGGCCCGAGAACAGAAGAGGAAGAAAAAUAUCCCUUGGAUUUGCUUUUUUUUUUUUUUCUUUUUUCUGGGUUUAACCAGAAAGCGACUCCUCUUCCCUAAUUGCGAUUGAGCAUGUUCACUUGUUCAGUUGGGAUUUCAUUUAAUUUCGACUGUCUUUCACUCUCCGCCAUUUUCAGAAUAUUCAAUUCCUUACCCUUUUGAGGUGGGUUCAUAACUGAUUCACUCUCUGCUUCCUGUAUACUUCACACUGCUGCUUUGAGAAUUCCAGGCUCUAGGCUUCUUUUUUCUGCCAUGGGGUGGUGGUCUAAGAACCAGGGAGUUGUCUACAAGCCUGUGGAGGAAGUCGAUGUAAGCCCAGAAAGUGAUGAGGUUUACCUCCGGUUGGAUGUCAAAGCUCCUCGUAUGGUUGGAUUUUUAAUCAAGAUUGCUGCAUGGGUUCUGGAAUCAAGGAUUAUUGGAGCACUGUUAGUGUACAUACUGAAGGUUGAAAAUCUAAUUCACAAGUUCAUUUCCUUUGCAGAGUUGAAAGAACCGCCUCUGUAUGUGCCCUACCAUCCUUGGGAAGAUCUUGAAGAGAAAGAAGUUAAAUCCAUACCAUCUGAAUUGUCACCACCCGAGAAAGUUCUGCAAGCUGUGGAUUGCUUGCCUUUACGUUCAGAUGUUACAGUAAAUGUUCAGAAGCCCUCAUUUAUACGCUGGGCAAUACAAGAUUACUCAAAAGCUUAUAUUUCAGGAGAAACAACUCCCCUUAUGGUAGCACAGUGCUUUCUAGAUGCUGUGCGUGACUCUUCUAAUCCUCCCCUUCAUAUGUCAUUCUUUAUCAAUUAUUAUGCUGAAGAUAUUUUAAAGCAAGCUACUGAGUCAACUCUUCGAUAUGAGAGAGGGGAACCAAUUUCAAUUUUGGACGGUGUCCCAAUUGCUAUUAAGGAUGAAAUAGAUUGUAUGCCAUAUCCAACUACAGGAGGAACAAAGUGGUUACACAAAUUAAGACAUUGUAUUGAUGAUGCAUGUUGUGUCAAGCAUCUAAGAUCCUGUGGUGCAGUGCUUGUUGGGAAAACCAACAUGCAUGAGCUUGGUGUUGGAAUAAGUGGAAUAAAUCCUCAUUAUGGGGCUUCUAGGAAUCCUUAUGAUUCCACCAAGGUGUCCGGAGGUUCUUCUGGUGGAUCUGCUGCAGUGGUGUCUGCAGGACUGUGCCCUGUUGCCCUUGGUAUUGACGGGGGAGGUUCUGUUCGGUUGCCUGCUUCGCUUUGUGGCAUUGUUGGUUUCAAGCCAACUUUUGGACGUGUUUCUCACUUAGGUGUUCUUCCUUUGAAUUGGACAGUGGGAAUGGUUGGAAUACUUGCAGGCACAGUUGAAGAUGCAAUUAUUGUUUAUGCAGCUAUCAGUGGGAAACUUCCACCAAAUCAACCCACUACUUUAUUGCCCAAAAUAAAUCUACCACUGUUGAAAUCUACAAAUUCUACUCGAUAUAGAUUGGCAAAGUACACAAAGUGGUUUAAUGAUUGUAGUGAUGACAUUAAAAGUUGCUGUAACCAAGCAUUGGACCGGCUAUAUGAGCAUUAUGGAUGGGAGACUAUAGAUGUUACCAUACCAGAGAUAGAAGUGAUGCGCAUUGCACAUUAUCUGACAAUCGGUUCUGAAUGUUAUGCAGCAAUUAGUCCUCAUCUAAAGAACAUGGAUAGAACAGAGUUGGGGUGUGAUGCAAGGGUGGCACUUCGAUUAUACAGUUCUUUCAGUAGUAAAGAGUAUUUGAUUGCCCAGAGAAUUAGGAAUCGCCAGAUGCAGUUCUAUAUGUCCAUCUUUAAAAGGGCAGAUGUCAUUGUUACGCCUACCACUGGGAUAACCGCAUACCCAAUUGAUGAUAAUGCUCUAAAAUAUGGUGACUUUGACUAUAAAAGCGGAGCUUCACUUGUACAAUAUCAAACAGCAGGAAAUUUUCUUGGGUUACCUGCUAUAUCAGUUCCGGUUGGAUAUGAUAAGUUGGGGAUGCCUAUUGGACUUCAGUUUAUUGGCAGACCAUGGUCUGAAUCAACAUUGCUCCAUUUAGCUUUUGCAUCACAGGUCAUGAGUAUUCCAAUUUACAAAAAGCCGAAGGUUUUCUAUAAUCUUCUCAACAAGAGAGAGCUACUAUGAAUUGCAAAACAACAGAUAAUAAAAGAAUACGAGGUUAACAGAGAUAACAAAAAUAUGUUCAUGUAUAGAAGGCUUCUGUUAAUCCAUUUUCUUUAUGGAUUUACCUAAUAAUAAGAAGGAAACAAGUUUCUGAAAUUGUUCGAUUUUGUGGAUCUACCAAGAGAUAACAAAGCCCAGUCUACCCCUUCGAAGAUCUCAAAUAGGUAGGACCAAUAUUGGGUAUUGUCCUUUUUACAAGUGAUAACAAAACUACUUGGUUCAAGUGUUGGAUAAAACUACUUAAAGUUUGGUUGUCUAAGAUCAUGAACUUCAUCCAUUAGUCA